AUGGCUUCAUCAGAUCGCAAACCUGUUCGAGAUAGAGCUGAGGCUGAUGCUUGGUUCCCAUCCCCUUAUUCUCUUACACAAUAUACCGCGCCUAAGACAGAUUUCGAUGGCGCAAACUACCCCAACGCAUACAAGGGUGGCAAAUGGAAGGUGCUCUUGAUUGCGACACAGGAGCGUUAUCUCAAGAUGGCAAACGGCGAGUUUUUUUCGACAGGCAAUCACCCUGUGGAGAUGCUUUUGCCAAUGAUUCAUCUUGACGCUGCAGGAUUCGACAUUGAUAUUGCCACGCUUUCAGGUGACCCUGUUAAACUGGAGAUGUGGGCAUUCCCAAAUGAGGACGAGUCAAUUAAAGCUAUUUACGAGAAAUAUAAGGAAAAAAUCCGCAGCCCACUCAAUCUUCACAACGUGUGGGGCAACGGCUUUACCAAAGACACUCCCUACCUUGCUGUGUUUAUUCCUGGUGGCCAUGGUGUGCUGAACGGUAUUCCGUUCUCGGCAACUGUUGGAAAUGUCCUUCGGUGGGCUCAUGAGAACCAACGCUAUUUUAUCACACUCUGCCACGGGCCAGCCAGCAUGCUCGCUGCUGAUAUUGGAAAGCCUGAGGGUAGCAAGUUUAUCUAUGACGGCUACCAAAUUGACGUUUUUCCAGAUACGCUAGAUGAUCAGGCAAAUGUCGAAAUUGGUUAUAUUCCGGGCAAAAUGGAAUGGUAUGUCGGCGAGAGGCUCCGCAAGCUUGGUGUCACGCCACUCAAUAGAGGCAUCGACGGCGCUGUCUAUCGCGAUAGACUUGUUCUGUCUGGUGAUUCUCCGUUGGCAUCGAAUAACCUUGGAAAGCUGGCUGCCAAGACACUUCUUGAGGAGGUCGCUUAG